UGACAGAUGCUCAGCUAAUUUUGUCAAGUGACAUGCUGUGGGACGGCUAGGCUCAUGGAUAUCGCCUGACUCCUCACGAAUGAAAUGACAUUUACUUUGAUAUUUCAAGUCUGUCUAAUAUGUGUCUGCAGCCUCUGCCUCUGUGCUCAGGGUGGCAUGAUAAAAGCACAGCCUGGUCAGAAUGUGUCCAUUCAUUGUGAACUCAACAAUUCAGAAACCUACUGGUUUGUAGAACAUGCAGGGCACCCCCUGCUGGCAGUAAUGCGCACCGUUGACAGUAUGCCUGUAUAUUCUAAUGGAUUUGAAGAGAGGCAUGUCAUCAGAGAAAACAACUCUUUAUGGAUUCUUAAUGUGACCUCUGCAGAUUCGGCUCACUACCACUGUGCUGGAAGACAGGAGGGGACAUUCGUUUUCAGCAAUGCCAUACAGUUAGCUAUACAAGAUUCAACAGACACCACCACAGAUUCCCCAGGAAUUAACACUACCUCGUUAAGCAAAGCCAAAGAAUAUGACUGGACCACUGUUGCUUAUAUCUCUGCUCUAGCCAUAUCCCUCCUGAUUAAUGCGGUUUUGGCAGUAUGUACUGUGUUAGCAUGCAAACGAAGACGGUCACCUUGCAUCACGCGACCGCAAGCAGAAGACCAAGAGGAUGACCAUACAUAUGCUGCUGUUAAGACAGACAACAAUGAGCUGGAGAUGAACAAUGGACCAAUCAGUUCAACUUAUGCUAUGAUAAGUAUGAUAAAUUAAGAGCAGAGAAGGAACAUCAAAUUUCUGUUAGGAGAAGAAAAUAAGAGAACAAUGGCCCUGACCUGACGUGAUGUUUCCUGGACAGUGUCGUUCAUGUUUUUUGCACUUUAGCUUCAGACUGCUGAACUUUAUUCAUUAUAAGAUUCCCUUUGAAGGUAACGUAACCAGCACGAAAAUGAUUUCUCACUGGGAAACACAAAACUGAGCAUCCCUUUCUUAUUUAGUAGUAAAGACUCUCGCUCAUGUGCAGAACAACAUAUAUUUUAGGCAACAGACCGAGGGGAUUUCAUGUAAAUAUAUUUUAUUUUAUACAUUAUGCAAUAUAAUGAGAUGUAUUUGUCACAGCCUGCCACCAUUUUAUUCAAUAUUGUGUGAAACAGAAUUUAAUCUUCGAUGCAAUUGUGUAUUGGACUUCAUUUUUCAUUGAUUAAACUUCACCAUUUGAACAGUGAGAUACCCUACUGGUGUUCUCGUAGAGGACACAUGUUGUCCGGCGUUCCUACUAGGAUGGACGGUUUCUUACCCAGUCAGGAAUUGUUUAUUAUGGAAGGAAGCAGCAUCCUGGGACCAUGUGUUUCCCGAGUUUGAUGGGCGACAGGAUCCCUCUGGUGAAUCACAUGGGAACUGCAGACCCAAUGGGUGUCCCUGCUGAGUUUCUUCGGUUCUGCCAAGUGAUGAGAAUUCCUUGUUUAAAUAAAGAUCUUUCUGAUCUGAAAGUGCUUCCCGGUUACAAUAUGUUUGCACCAGAACUAUAAAGGAAGCUUCUUCUCCUCACCCCAAAGAGUUGGAGCUGGGAGAUAAGAAGGACUAGGCUCAACUGAAGAGAUGUGGAGGAGAAAGGAAAAUAAGCAAAAUUAUGCAGUGUGGAAGACGGAAAACUAUUUGAAACUGGGACAGAUGCCUGUGUGGUUGUACGUGGGCAAUGGAUCAAUGAGAUGUACCCUGGCAGCCAGUUUGUCCUCUGAAGAUGUGUUUUUAUCUUUUCUUAUACCUCUUAUGUCCAUAGCUCUAGCCCUUGAAACACAAACAUGAAAGUGAAGUUGUGUUUAGAUGCUCUCCUGUCUCAUUUCCCCUUUGUCAAUGAUAAACCACUUUUUGGUAGACAUCUUAUCUCAGCCGAUAUAUCUGGGACCUCUAAAUUUUUUUUAUUGCUGCAGUAAAACAAAUCAAUGGUCAAUGAAAAAAAAAAGAAUAGUUUCUGUCUGAAGGGUGAAAUGAUCUGAAUCUGAAGAUGUGUGCUUUAAAAUGUUCUAUUGAGUAUGGUUUCUGAGUGACGUGAAAAAUCCAUCCAUCCAUUAUCCAACCUGCUACAGUAUAUCCUAACUACAGGGUCACGGGUGUCUGCUGG